UUUCCGUCGUUUUCCAUUUCUCUACAAAAACUGUGUAAAAUCCGUCAAUUUCUCCUCCAUUUUCACUCUCAAAUCUCAAACUCCAAUGGACGAAAGUCAUCCUUUCUCUAUACCCAAUUCAGCUCCAUCUCUGAAGCAGAAGUUGAAGAACUCCCUUUGCUUCUCCUGUUGCUUCCCUCACCGCCACCCUUCUCCUCCGCCUCCGCCGUCAUCCUCCGAUGAGAAUCCGGCGCUGAUUUGGGAACCCAAUAACCUGCCGAAUUUGAAAGAAAAGGUUUUAAUGGUUUUCAACUUCGGAUCGAACCGGCACAAGAGAAACUCCUCCACUGAGCAGUUCCGUUAUGAUCCGUUGAGUUACUCGCUGAAUUUCGAAGAUGGGUUUGAUGAUGAAGAAGCCCCUUUGGUUUUUAAAAUAUUAGGUGGUUCGGGCACGUGCAAAGAAGAAGCCCAGAUGGUUGCCUUGGCGGGUUCGAGAAGAGGCAGACGGCGGCCUAAGAAGUAUUGGGGAGAAGUGAUCAGGCGGGACAUGGCGUGGCUUAGAUUUCCGAGGACAUGGCCCUUAAUAGGAAGGUGUGGAGAUCGAGCAUUAUGGUGUUAGGAUAGGAGGCAGCUGAUAAAGUUCGUCCGUGGGGGAGGCUGGUUUGAUAAGGUUGGGUCCUAGGCUGUUACCGAUUAUUGUUGUGUCCACACUAUUCUUUCGUUUUUCAUAGUAUCGGGCUUUAUGCACUAGUUUUUGUUAUUAUUUCUCAUCUAUUUUCUGGUUCUUAUGCUGUUGUUAUUGCUCAUAUGGUUCUGUUGAUGGUACUGACAUUUUGUC